GGGGGUGCCCUCGCACUUUUAGGAAUAGGAUACUUUAUUUAUCAUUAUUGGUGACACUAAAUUCUUUUUUACCAAAAUUUUAGGAAAACCUGUUUCGUAUUUUUCUGUGCGGGCAACACUGCACACCAAACGUCAAAAAAUUAUGGAAGAAAAAAUAUUGAAAAGUAUGUGAAAUCGCGAUUUUCUUGGACGACAUUGUUUUCAAAAAUCAAGAAAGACUAAAAAGAGUUCUACAAUAAUUUAUGCAACUCGAAUGUGUAUUUAAAAUUAACAUGUGAUUGUGCUCGCCUGCUAUCCGAAUAACGACACAAUGGAUAGCGGGGACAGGAUUUUGGUGGCCGCGGGGCUGACCGCCGCGGUGGUGGUGGGUGCGUUCGUGCUGUGGGGCCCAGGGGGUGCUCCGAAGAUGCGGAAGCGGCGCGGGCAGAUAGCGGGGCUCCAGAACCUGGGCCGGACGUGCUUCUUGAACACCCUGCUGCAGGCGCUGGCGGCCUGUCCGCUGUUCAUCGACUGGCUGAAGAAGUACGCGAAGGCCGAUAGCCACAAUAGCAUGAUCACCACGCUCUACACCGUCAUUGAAGUUGUGAAUGGCACUCACGAGGCAGCCCGCGGCACACCAGUGUGCCCCCUGGGAGUGCUCCAAGCCCUGAGGGCAGCAGGUUGGGUGGUGCCGGCCGACCAGCAGGAUGCACAUGAGCUGCUGCAUGUGCUGCUCUCCUGCAUUGAGGAGGAGACCAUUGCCAUGUCCAAGAAGCCGGGCUGCCUCUCUGACGCGCUGGGCCUGGGCGGCGGGCGCGCCUGGUCCGCGCUGGCGUCGCCCGCGUCGCCGCCCGCCGCCGGCCCGGGCGCGCGCGCCGACUCCACGCCGCCCACCCCCGGCCCCGCGGCCGCCAGGCCGCAGUCCGCGGCCGCGGACGAGCCUGCUCUAGCGGACCCUGACCCGGAGGAGGCGCCGGCGCCGCGCCGGCUGGCCAAGGGCGUGUCGCGGUCGUUCUGCCACCUCAGCUCCGUGGGGCGGCGCUGGGUGCCCGCCGCGCCCGCGCGCCCCGCGCCCGCGCCGCCCUUCCGCGGCACGCUCGCCUCCCGCCUGCAGUGCACUGUGUGCGGCACCAAGAGUCCGAUCCGGUAUGACAAAUUUGACAGCAUCUCGCUAUCAAUGGCGAACGCAGCCAUCGGUAACACAGGCACCUACAGUCUUGCUGGGUUACUCCGUGCGUUUACGGCUCCGGAGAUGGUGAAAGGUGUCCGCUGUAACAAAUGCUCGCCCGACACGCCACUUAACACGCAACAUAUCCGUACCGUCAACUUUGGAAAGUUACCAGCUUGUCUCUGCCUACACAUCGGGCGGGUGGAGUGGGCGGGCGGCGCGCUCAGCAAGCGCACGGAGCUGGUCGCCUUCCCCGAGACCGUGGCCAUGGCGCCCUACACGCAGGCCCCGCCACCCGCGACGGACCUAGUCUCUCUGAUGAGCGGCGGGCGGCUCCGCGCGAGCUUGGCGGAGGCCGAGCAGAGCGAAGGUUCUUCCCGCGCGUUGUACCGGCUGGCGGCCGUCGUGGUGCACGUGGGCGGGCCCAGGUCCGGACACUUCGCCACCUACCGCCGGGGGAACGGGUUCGAGGCCCGCAGAUGGUGGUACACGUCGGACACCCUGGUGCACGAGGUGUCGCUCACGGAGGUGCUGCGCUGCGCGGCCUACAUGCUGUUCUACGAGCGCGCGCCCACGCACGCCGCGCGCACGCAGCACGCGCACGCGCACGCGCCGAGCACGCCGGCGCACCAGCACCACCAGCAGCCGGCGUCGCUCGACGCGAAUACGCAUCAUAUAUGAUUUGAUGCGAGCUCCUUGUUUGCGCUCCCUAGGUAUUUGUCUGAUCGUUUGAAUUGUAGACCGCUCGGUCCGUACUGAGUCAACUUUUGUACAAACGGCACCACACUUAACUGUUCAUCGGUGGACCUUAUGCCUUUUGUAAUAAGGUUUACUAACUGUCAGUUAACGGUGUGGGCUAUGGUUGGUAUAUGGAGCCUUUGCGACUUGCGACUGCUUUAUUUAUAAUAUGUGACGUUAUCAAUGAAAAGGAACCUCGCCGAUGGCUCUUAAAUUUAAACUUCGUUGAUAAUGACGUUAAUAUUAUAUCGUUAUUAAGGUCCCUUUAACCACACUUUAACUGAAAAAGUUGGUCUAUCCCUGACAAACUACACAAUUUUCCUGUUUGGCAUAAACUCAAGAGUUUAAAAAUACAAAUGUUGAAAUGUCCUUGUUUUGUUUAAAAUAUGAACUCGAAAUGACUUUUGUGUCGCCUGUCUGUACAGUCGUCAAAACGAGUUUUAGAACAAAUCUUAAUAAUAAUGUAAAUCUACUGUUUAUCUAAGAAAUCUUGCACUUUUGAUCCUGAUUCCAAAAUCAACCAAUUUUAUAAUAAUUGUUAAGCCAAUUGCCAUAAUUUAAAAUAUAAUUAGAUAAUUACUAAAUUAACACACAGCUUAAGUAUACUAAGCUCAAAGCAUUGAGUAUAUAAUUUGGAUUUGACUUAGAUCUAGAGCCAUACUUGGCGUGACUAACUCCGGUUUUUGUCACACACAUCUGAAUUAAUAGAAAAUUCAAAAUCAAAAAAGGGUUUGUGCCGUCCUACAAUAGAUGGCACUGUUUCGAUUGUUACGCAUUUCUAUUAGUUUAGCUGGUUGUUAGUUUAUGUACAGUGUAUUUUAGACCAAUAAUAUCAGUGAUAUUUUACUGAAAAUACUACUUAUAUUUGGCCUGAAGCGUUUUAGGGUCCUGAGAGCCAUUAAAUCUUAAAAUUAUGUUGCUUGUUUGAAUGUUUGCUUGUAGGCUGAAUAAAUGCUUUUAGAGCUCAGAUUACUUGAUGAAUGAAUUAUUUAUAAUUCUGUGAGAUCUUCUAUAGUUCCUGCUUUUUAAUCUUUUAAUAUUAACAUUUUUAUUUUGACUUUUCGUCUCGUGUUUGACUGUAAUUGUCCAUUUUGAUGUAGAUUACGACUCAGUAUUAUCAGAUCUGAUUCGUCCUUAUAAAUAAAUCUAUAUUCUACCACAGACAAUUGAAUGAUAGACUGGUAAUCUUCACACAAAGUCAGAUUAACUAUACAAAAUGUAUCGGACUGAGAAGGAUUUGAAACACAACACACUCUUCAAUUUCAAAGGAUUUUACUGUUUAUAAAGAAUUGGUAUCUUUAACCUUUUCGACGCCGUGUCAAACACAAAAGCUGUCAAGCGGACGCCACAUCACUGAAGUAUCAAAACUGAAAUUGAACUUUAUGCAUGUGCACGUAGGUCUAUUUUACUCUGUGAUCAUUGACCGAUUAGUAAGCCUUUGGCGUUGAACCUGCGGUGCGGAUAUAUCGGUCAUUGGCGUCCAAAAGGUUAAUUUCCUACUGGUGUUUGCAUUUACGAUGUUUCAUUCUCUAGUUUUCUACUGACUGUAUUUUCUACUGCAUUUACUCUCGGAACAUAUCGGCUCGCACGAAUGCUUUUGACAAGUUUUAACCUAACUUUACAUAAGGCAAGUGCACCUCUUCUAUAAAUACAGGUCGAGGGUAAGUUGAACUCGGUCACUUAUCCCAAAUGGCAAAAAUGCAUAAUGCCUACAAGUACCUCUACCCUAAGGGCGUGUACACACUAACGUUUUUGCCCCGUGUUUUCUCAACGUUUCUAUACAAAAUAUCCACGUGGCGCGGCGUGCCGAUUAGUAUGGCGCCGCCGGCAAAACGCCGAGCGGUCGCUGCUAGUGUGUAACAGCUCUAACCCGGUCUUGUUUUUCUACAGUAGGUGUACUUGCCGCCUGGUUGUAAUUUUUUAAUAACUGUCCAUUAUCUAAACGAUAAACUUUGUAUCAUCGUAACGUAAGCUAUUGACCGAAAUACUAAACAUUUUGACUCAUAAAUUAUGUAAAGAUUGUAUGUAUUAGAAAACUCCACUAGUAGAAUUACUCAAUACUAACUGAAUGUCCCCUUGUACAUUUGUAUUGUAUUGUACAUCCUUUUCACUCGUAAAGACUUGAAAGAGAAGGACUUGGUGGUAUAGUUUAAAUUAUCUGACGUAGAUUAGAUCCUAAGCUAAGCAAGGUGGUUUACUGUUAGUUGUUGUACAGAUAUACCCCCUUAUUCAUAAAACAUUACGGGCCAGAUUUACUUAAAUUUUGUUGUAUCCCUUUCUUACAAAGACAUAAGUCAAAAUGACAGAUAAAGACAAACGAUUUAUAGGUAGCUAAUUCAGGCUUGUAACGCGUUCAUGAAUAACGCCAGUAGUGAAUAAUUCUUCACCAUCGUAUCUUCACGGAAACGUGUUAUUUAAUUCGGUCUCAGUACUAAAAGUACUGAGGUUUCAGAGAAAAUACGAUGGCAAAUGAUUAUUCGCUUCAUGUGUAACUUAUGUUCUUUUCAAAUAAUUUUAACUAUACACAGCAGAAUGUUGAGGUAGUAGAUUAAGGUACCUGUAGGCCAAGCACAUGAUUUGAUUGGCGCGGCAGUAUCUCGCGGCGAGAUAGACUACCGUCUUUUUCUAACUAUGUUACUAAAAGAGGGACGAGAUACUGUCGCGCCAGUCAUGUGCUAGCCCGGCAGUACUUGCAUAUUCGAAGUGCCAUCUCUAGUGUAAAUGGAAACGUGGGUAUCACGUUUUAGAUGUUAACUUUCAUGUAAUAUUUAACUUAUUAAUGGCUAUAACAUUUAUCACACAGAUUGAAACGGUGACAGCUGCCAUCUCCAUACAAUUUAUAACCUUAACCCGUGGAGCGCCCUAGUAUCACACGUGUCAUAACUCCAUACUACUGUGAUAUUGGGGCGCUCUCUACGGGUUAAAACGCAAAAUUGUAUUGUGUUGGCAGGUGUCACCGUAUCCAAGCUGUAUGAAAAAUUCGUAUGUUCUAAACAAUGUUGUGUUAUGUAUUUUAAAUUGCUUUACUACUCAUUUAGCACAUCUUGUAUAAUAUUUUUUAACCAAAGUUUCCGUGGGCAAGUUACCACAAUACAUUUUAGGGUGUCUCACGAAUUUAAUAACCCUGUAUCGUACUUAGCUCUGGCAUUUACCUCGUUUUAACUAUUGACUCCAGAUGUGUAUUUUUGGGUGACUAUACGCACAUAGUUAUAGCUAUAUGUCUUAGGAAUAGAUUCCCAUCGUGAUAUUUAGAUUGCAUAAUACUUAUGCAUCUUUGUAUGAUACUUCUAGUAAUAUUUUGAAUUUUGUUUCAUCAUGUAAACUUUAUAAGAAUAUAUUAUGUCAUUUUAUGCCUGAAUAGACUCGCUGAGUGCAAUACGAUCACUUUUUCUAGAAGUGCUUAUGAAAAUACUAAACUUUUGUUCGUAUGAUUUGUGAUUGUGUUAAAAAUGUUUGUGCCUUUGUUUAAUUUUAAGCUAAUUGAUUGGUAAUUAUGAAAGAACUUUAAAAAACUCAAAAAAUUUCUUAUCUCUAUUUUAAAAUUUUGUCUCUUGAAAACCAAAGUAAUUGUCCUUUUGUGGUCAGUGCCGGAUUGAGACAAUCUGGUUUGUUAGGAUUUCAGGGCCAUGGCGUCCAUGGCACGGUCUAAUCCGGCACCGUUAGUGGUAAUAUUGAUAGGAAGAGGCUUCCAGAGCAACUGUAGAGGCUCGCCAGGCGGGCCCGGUGUAGACAUGUUUAUAAAAUUACAUUUAUCAUUAUAAGGAA